AUGAUUCCGGUCGCCGGGACGUGCGGAUUGAAUCGGCUGGCCGCUUCCGCGGGCCCCAGGCUUCCAAUCGUUGAGGCGAGCGUCCGGCAGCACAGGGGCAUCGGCCAUCUGCCGUGCCGCGCCAACGGCAUGCGAACAAGGAAACAGUGGCAGCUGGUGGCCCGUGCCAUGGAUGGCAGUUCUGAAGCAGGGGCAAGUGUGUCUGGCAAGGAGAGCGAACGCAGCUCACUUGUGAAUGAAGAAGUGGUGUUGUUCCUGUUCCAGCUGCAGUUGGACACUGAGCUGCAGCGAGCCCUUAACUAUGAGGCCUUCGAGGCUGCAAGGGAUAUUCGGGCACGGAGGGAACAGGUGGACAAGGCGGUGGCCUCCCUUCAGGAUGUGAAGGGAGAAGGCUCUGGGGCAAAGGGAGCGGCACAAGUGGAGGUGGCAGACGUGACGUCACAGGGCGUCAGGUUGAGAUCUGAGCUGCAGAAGGCAGUUGACGAUGAGAGAUACGCAGAUGCUGCAGAGAUCCGCGACCGCCUGAACGAACUGGAGGCAGCGAGCCGCAAGGCGGCGGAGUCUGCUUCCGAAGUCCACAGCGUGCCUCAAUUUCGCUUGGGCAAGCGUGUUAAGCACAUGGAAAAGGGCUACAGUGGGGUGGUGUGUGGGUGGGACGUCCAGUGCUGCGAGAGCACCGCCUGGCAAGCAGACAACAGCGUGGAUGGCUUGAUUGCAGGGCUCAAGCAGCCUUUCUACCAUGUCCUGGUGGAUGAGCGCGAGUGGAGUCCCAAUCCGAACGUCGCCCCCGUGGCUUACGUCCCGGAAGAGUAUCUGACGGCCCCCGAGCUCGAGGAGUCGACGUGGAUAGAAAUGCACGGGGAGGGCGCCUUCAAGCACCCCUUUGCGACGAUGUUGUUCCUUGGGACCGACGCGGCGGGCGACCUCAUUCCAUGCCAGCAACUGAGGAGCAAGUACAACGCUGAAAGGCGGGAUGUGUAUCCGCCGGGCGACGGCGAUGACGAUCCCGACAAUAAGCUGGGCGAGGGACGUGGGGAUUCUGGGCCCCAGGGGCCAAACUUUCCGGGAAUCGAUAUGGACUCGCUGCGCUGA